AUGUUUAGUCUUGGUACCCUUGCGAUCGGUGGGACAAUCUCCAGACAGGUAACAAAUGCGAUUGCUAUAAAUAAUACCGACUUUGCCUGGUACUGGGCGCCUGCGGAGCUGUGCUCGGUGCUCGAGUCUAGUCUCGGCAUCGUCUUUGUCUGCGUCCCGGCGAUUGCACCAAUGUUUGGAAACGUCAUGGGCUCGACCGCAAAGAAGUCUGGACAAGACGAUAUCAAUCUGGACAACUCGAGGAAUCCCGGCACUUUUGGCAAGAUUGGUAGAAACCCAAAGAGACGAACUGGGCCGGGAGACGAGACUCUGCUGUGCGAAACACGACUCACUCAUCUCGGUGGCCACGAGAGCGACAUGGCAUCUCAAAGGUCUGGAUGCGAGACAGAAGACGAUUCCAAGAUCAUUGGUAUUGCUUGA